AUGCCCCCUAAACGAAAGCGUUCUAAUGAUGCGCCCGACCAGGGCCAGACCACCAGGCGCAAGAAGCAAUACGCCCACUUGAAGCCUCAGGUGCGACACAUAUCGGAAAGAACAAUUAAGUCGAAAUGGUCAACACUCCCAGAGCCGACGCAAGACAAGAUCCGCGAUAUGUUCCGCGCCUUGGAGCGCCCUGUCAUCGUUCGGCAACAGAAUGACCGAAAACGCUACGAAGCUCAGGCAGCUGUUCAAGCUGUAGUGAAGAAUCUUGGAAAGCGACUACCUCGGAUGCCUUUUCCUCCGUUGACGAAAGAUUCGGUUUUCGAGUACGAAGCGGCCCUUAAGGAACACAGCGCGCUUGAGUCUUCGCUCUCGACAAUGAAUGAUAGUAUCGAUCUGCUCGAUAACGAGAUUGCAAAGGAGGAGGCGCUUCUCACAAAGGAAACAAAGCAACUGCAGGAAAUGGAGAAGAACGCAAAGCGUGCGGAGACAGAACGAAAGAGGCAGAUGAAGAAUGAACACCCCAUCCUACGACAGGUCGAGGACGGUCCUGGUAAACAAAUCGGGACCCCCUCCGAGUUUACUCUCUCCAACCCAAAGAAUUCGCAGUUGGGAUUUAAUGAGCUUGAGACCGACCCCGAGGUGUCUGGUUUGCUCAAACAAUUGAACAAUCACCUGAAGUCAAUACAGAGCAAUACCGACCCUCUCGCUGGACUUAAAGAUGCUAUUACACGGUCUCAGGCCGCGUUGAGCCUAGCAGAUAUGCCCGAUGACUGA